AUGGCACUCUUCUACAUUUUCGGCAAGAGCCUCGGAUCCGCACACCCAAUGUUUUCAAGUCUUCUGUACAGAAAUCAAGCAUUUGCAGUAGCUGCUUCUCAUUUUGGUCGAAGGUUCAUCAGCAGCUCGAUAAUCCCAGCAGCCCAAGACAAUCCUACACUCUCUUACCUCAUUCGCUCAUGUGGGUUGUCCCCAAAAGCCGCUACUCUAGCAGCCCACAAGGUACAGCUUCGAUCUUUAGAGCAACCAAACUCCGUUCUAGCCCUUUUGAGAGAGUAUGAAUUCUCAGAUACCCAGAUCUCAACUCUUGUGCGGAGACGCCCGCAACUUAUCUUAGCCAAUGCGAAGAAGACCCUUUUGCCAAAGCUUGAGUUUUUCUGCUCCAUAGGGAUGUCAAGGCUCGACCUUGCAAAAAUAAUGACUUACAACCCAAAUCUAUUGACGCGAAGCUUGGAAAACAGUCUUAUACCCUGUUAUAACUUCCUCAAAAGCGUGGUGAUCUCUGAUGUCAAGGUCGUUCGUACUCUAAAACAGAACUCAUCCAUUUUCUUGGAAAAUCUAUCCAAGAAUGUUAAACCCAAUAUUAGACUUGUUACAGAGUUGGGCAUGCCCCACUCGGCUCUUGCGCGGUUGGUAGCAUGUUUUAGUAAGACUGUGACGAGAAAGCCUGAAUUCUUCAGUCAAUUAGUCCGCCAAGUCGCAGAAAUGGGAUUUGACCCGGGAAAUGUGAACUUUGUGCAAGCCAUGGUCGUAUUAUCCUGGAAGAAAACAACAUGGAGACAUAAGGAAGAGGCUUAUAGGAGGUGGGGUUGGUCGGAUAAUGAUAUUCUUUCUGCCUUCAAGAGGCAUCCACUGUGUAUGAUGGUGUCUGAGAAGAAAAUAAUGGUGACAAUGGAUUUCUUAGUGAACAAGAUGGGAUGGGAAUCAGGAAAAAUUGCGGAGGUUCCGUAUGUUUUUGUGUACAGCUUGGAGAAGAGAAUCAUCCCUCGGUGUUCGGUUGUUAGAGUUUUGUUGUUGAAAGGACUGAUAGAAGAGAAGAAGUUGAGUUUGUCUUAUGUGUUUGUGCCUUCAGAGGAGUGCUUCUUUAGUAGGUUUGUCACCAGAUAUCUCGACCAAGUACCUCAAUUGUUGGAUGUAUACCAAGGCAAAGUAUAUGUGCAGGAUGUAUGA